UAGUUAGCUCGGCUAGCAAGCAACAAGGGAGCUAGGGCCAUGUUAUCUAUUCCGCAGGAAGAAGACAGUCAGCUGGCCAAAGUCCACGGGCACAGACAGAUCCGUUAGAAGGAUCGAAGCUCCAAAAUCCCCUGAGAAUGGCCGUUAGCUGCGGCCAAAGGCGACCGAGCUUGUUCGACACCUUCCUUGUGUUGUGUCUUCUCCUACCUUCCAGUACUGUAAAUAGUACGCCUGUUGCGGCGCAUAGGAGGACCAUCAGUGCUCACCUCAGGAGGCUCAACAAGCCUGCUGUCAAGACAAUUAAGAGUCCCGACGGCGAUCUUAUAGACUGCAUUCCCUCUCAUCUGCAACCGGCAUUUGAUCAUCCGAAGCUAAGGGGGCCGGGCCGACGAAGACCAUUGGAUCCACCUGAGAGACCCAGAGGCCACAACGCAAGCAGCAGCAGCAGCAGCUUCCAUGUCCAGGCAUGGGCGAGUUCCGGCGAGUCGUGCCCAGAGGAAACCGUGCCGAUACGAAGAACGAUGCGAGAAGACGUAUUGAGGGCCAGUUCCAUUCAGAGAUUUGGCAGGAAGCCGGCGGUUGCCGCACUGCGCCGUGAUUCAAUAAGCUCCGCCCAUGAGCAUGCAAUUGGCUACGCCAUGGGAAACCAUUACUACGGCGCGAAAGCCGGUCUGAACGUGUGGACGCCAAGAGUAACGAGCGCGUCCGAAUUCAGCUUAUCUCAGAUUUGGGUGAUCUCAGGAUCGUUUAGCCACGAUUUAAACACCAUCGAAGCGGGAUGGCAGGUAAGUCCUCAGCUUUAUGGAGACAACAGGCCCCGGUUCUUCACUUACUGGACUAGUGAUGCGUACCGAGAGACAGGCUGCUACAAUCUCUUGUGCUCAGGCUUUGUUCAAACUAACAAUAAGAUAGCCAUAGGAGCUGCUAUCUCUCCCACCUCAUCCCUAAAUAACCGCCAGUUCGAUAUCAGUCUACUCAUAUGGAAGGACCCAACGCAUGGGAACUGGUGGCUGGAGUUGGGCUCGGGAAUGCUCGUCGGCUACUGGCCGUCCUUCUUGUUCAGUCACUUGGCGAGGCACGCGAGCAUGCUGCAGUUCGGGGGAGAGGUCGUCAACAUCCGGCGAUCAGGCAGUCACACGUCGACCCAAAUGGGGAGCGGUCGCUUCGCGACGGAAGGAAUCCGGCGAGCUUCCUACUUCCGCAAUCUGCAGGGCGUGGACUGGGACAACAGCCUGGUGCCGUUGCCGAACCUCCGGCUGCUGGCUGACCAUCCCAAUUGUUACAGCAUAAGGGGAGGAGUCAAUGCAGUGUGGGGGAACUACUUCUACUAUGGAGGUCCUGGUAGAAACUUCAGGUGCCCUUGAAAUAAAUUACACUUUUGGGGAGGGAGAAAUUUAUGAAUGGAUUUGCUUAUCUCAUUCCUACAUUUGAUUAAUUUUUAUCUUUUUUAAUGUUUGAUCGACCAGAAGUGUACUGUUGUUAUUCCUUCGUAUGAAUAUCCUCUACCUCUAACUCAAUUUUUUCACCACCAACAUCAAAAUCACUUGUCCAACACAUCAUUCCUGACCUUAGACU